ACUACUGUCACCGUCUGUCAUGGGUGGUUAGGUGGAAGAUGAAUCAUUUGUAAUCACGUUGAGUUGUUUAUAGUGAUUUAUUCAAAAUUUCCAGCCUUGUGCAAUGUUUAUUCCAUGAGUUGUUUUUAUAUCUAGUUUGUGAUCUGUGACCAAGUGUCUUGUACUCUACAACUUCAGUGAGUGAACUUCAGUUAUGGAUAACCUCUUGUAGACUGAUCGUUGCUUACAUCACAACAAAACUUACACAUUUUUGGUGAAAAUACGUCCUGGUGCCACAAAUAAGUGAUUAGACUAAAAUCAUGACUUGGAUGGAAUUCGUUGGCUGUGCAGGGGUCGCCUAUGGACCACCGCUUGCACUAUUUGUUUUCACAAUCAUGUCUGAUCCAAUUAGAAUUAUUAUACUGAUAGCAAGUGCAUUCUUUUGGCUGGUAGCUCUUCUGUUAUCUUCUGUUGUGUGGUUUUUAUUUCCCUUCAAAUCAUUACUGGUUUUUGGCAUAAUUUGUUCUGUGUUUUUUCAAGAACUUUUCCGGUAUUUGAUAUAUGUUCUGCUGCGAAAAGCUGAGGCAGGCCUAAAGAAGGUAACCAUCCCAAAUACAAAUACAGAAAUCACCAACAACAAACACAUACUGGCAUAUGUUGCUGGUUUGGGAUUCGGUAUCAUGAGUGGAGCAUUUUCCCUGAUCAACAUUCUAGCGGACUUAGUGGGACCAGCAACAAUGGGUCUGAAAGGUGGAUCUAGCUCGUUUUGUCUAAUAUCAGCCAUACUGUCAAUGUGCUUCAUACUGCUUCAUACAUUUUGGGGUGUGAUAUUUUUUGCGGCAAUUGACAAGAAAAACUAUCUUCAUAUAUCAUGGGUCAUCGUCAGUCAUGUUUUGGUCUCCUGCCUCAGUUUGCUUACCCAAUCAAUGUUCUACUUUCCAAUAAUAGCCGCACUUGUACUUAUGUUAUUUAGUGGUUACAUUGCUUUUGUUGUUAGUGGUGGAUCCUGCAACAAUUGUAAGAGAGUGUGCCGCUGUGGUAAUCAGAGGACAUUAAAUUUAGAACCAAGUACAUCAAGUACCUGAUCUUUUCCAAGUGAAACAGAUGUGGACUGAAUUGUUUUGUAUUAUGUUCCUUGCCGAACUUUGGCUAAUGUAAUAAAAUAAUUAUCAUUCAGUCAUUGGUAGUUUUAUAAUUAAUUGUUUAGAGGCCUAGUUCUGUAAAUUGUUUUUGAAAACUAGAGGCCUAGUUUUAUUAACUAUUAAAGACUUUAUCUGUAAGCUAGGUUGAUAUAAUACGUGUAACUUAUUCUCGAAGCUCAGGAUGAAUCUGGUUGGCUAAUUAUUUCAGUAAUUAAAUGUUAUUGUACAAGUCACCAGCUUCAUUCGUCAUGCUGCCUGAAUAUAGGCUAUGAAAAAUUGAAAUAAUUGGAAACUAUAUAUUGUAAAAUAAAUUAGGCAUAGGCAUGUGUAACUUUUAGAGAUGUUUUGAAAUUGCGGUUUAUACAAUUUAUGUUUUUUGUUUCUUAUUAAUAACUUAAUGUAUAUAACCUAGGCCCUAAUGACUAAAAUAUUGACUUAGUUCUACAAUAGUAGGCUAUAUCAAGAUCAGUCCAUUUGAACUCCUAAGUUAACUUGCUUUUUAUUAUUUAUUAAUAUAGUUGUAUUGACCACUGACAGACAAUGUACACCAUAUCAUCUGGUGGGUUUUUAACUGUGUAAUUCGGUCUGUUCAUUUAUCCUGUUCUCGCUCUUUCAAAAAGUACACCGAUACUCCAGUACUUCUCAACAAUGAUGUAAACAUGAUAAUCACACAUUGCUGUAUAAAAUUAUAAUUUUGCUAAAACUUAGUGUAGUUAUUUUAACAAAUAAAUAGGUAUUUUUACAUACAGCAGUAACUUACUUAAGUAUUAUCCAGAAGCCACUAAUUUUGGAAAAAUUUUUCUUGCCUGAGACCUAAAAAAAACUACAUUAUUAGAAAGAACAGGCUUUAUUUGAGGGUAGAGUACGAUAAGCGGACCCGGUUUUUUAUAACGAUAUUACUUAAUUAUAACUAUAGAUAUAAUGAACCGAUACUGAUUUUUGAACAAUAACUAACUUGUAACAACUUUAAACACUUUUUCAUAUAGUAAACGGAUUGUCUUUUAUAGACAAUAACACAGUCGAUAACCGUUAAACAAAGUUUAAAAAGUUGCAUUUCAACUGCUUGCAGAUCAUCUAUAUGAGUAUUUUGUACAGAAGAGAAGUGUGAUUUUUCUAUAGAGGAUGCUUUCAACAACACCUUGAAAGCGUUGUGCGUUUUAACAGCAGCCUUGGUUAAUCAUUGCUAUCCAGGAAAAACUAUAAAAUAGUUACACAAAUUUUGUAUUUUCUUUUAUAAAUGUUUGUUAUGUUCUUAUCAUUCCGUUAUUAUUUAUGAUGUUUUCCUAUU